CGCGGCUCCAUGGGGAGAACAUGGCUCCCUUCCCCGAGGAGGUGGACGUGUUCUCCGCCCCGCACUGGCGCAUGAAGCAGCUCGUGGGGCUCUACUGCGACAAGAAUAGGAUCAUGGAAUAUUCUGAGUUGGAAGGGACCCAUCAGGAUCAUCAAGUCCAAUUCCUGGCCUUGUGCAAGAAGCCCAACCCCAAGAGUCACACCAUGGGCCUGACAGCAUUGUACAGAAGCUUUUUGAACUCUGUCAGGUUUGGUGUUGUGACCACCAGUUCCCAGCCACCUUGUGGGUGACAAACUUUCCUGAUAUUUAUCCUGCUUUCCAAGACCAACUUCUCCAACAACAAUGAUUUUCGGGCUCUGCUGCAAUCCCUUUAUGCCACAUUCAAGGAAUUUAAAAUGCACGAACAGAUUGAAAAUGAGUGUAUCAUUGGUUUGCUUCAGCAGCGUAGCCGGACAGUGUACAAUGUGCACUCAGACAACAAACUCUCAGAGAUGCUUAGCCUUUUUGAGAAAGGGCUAAAGAAUGUAAAGAAUGAAUAUGAACAGCUGAACUAUGCGAAACAGCUCAAGGAGAGAUUGGAAGCCUUUACCAGGGAUUUCCUUCCUCAUAUGAAGGAGGAAGAGGAGGUUUUUCAGCCUAUGUUGAUGGAAUACUUUACUUAUGAAGAGCUGAAAGAUAUUAAGAAGAAAGUAAUUGCACAGCACUGCUCACAGAAAGAGGCUGCAGAAUUCAGAGGUCUCAGUAAGUGGAAUCAAGCUGAAGAGCUUCAGAAGGUCUUUAAGUAUUCUGUGGAUGAGAAGGCAGAUCAAGAAACCGAAGUAACAGGGCACACCACAAAUAUUACUAAUCUCCCUCCUGAAGUAAUGGUGACCAUUUUCAGUUACCUUAACCCCCAAGAGUUAUGUCAGUGUAGUCAAGUAAGCACUGAAUGGUCACAGUUGGCUAAAACUGGAUCUCUGUGGAAACAUCUUUACCCUGUUCGCUGGGCCAGAGGUGAUUGGUAUAGUGGUCCUGCGGCAGAUACUGAGACAGAACCUGAUGAGGAAUGGGUGAAAAAUAGAAAAGAUGAAAGUCGUGCUUUUCAGGAAUGGGAUGAAGAUGCUGACAUCGAUGAAUCUGAAGAAGCAGCUGAAGAUUCACUUGCCAUUAAUAUAGCACAAAUGGAAAAACGUUUACUUCAUGGCCUCAUUCAUCAUGUCCUCCCGCUUGUAGGCUCCUCAGUAAAGACACUGGUAUUGGCCUACAGCUCUGCAGUGUCCAGCAAAAUGGUUAGACAGAUCUUGGAGCUUUGCCCCAACUUGGAAUAUUUGGAUCUCACUCAAACCGAUAUUUCUGACUCUGUAUUUGAAAGUUGGUGUUCAGUUGGGUAUUGUCAAAAUCUGCGCCACCUUGAUCUGUCUGGAUGUGAAAAAAUCACAGAUGUGGCUAUAGAGAGGAUUUCCAGAGCUCUGGGUAUCAUAUCAACUCAUCAUACCAGAGGUAUUCUGAAAAGCUGCAGGAACAGGAACGUUAAGACUUUGUGGAAAAACAGAGAGAUUACUCUGCAGUCCAACCAGAAGUAUAAUGGUUUGCAUGAAAUCAGCAAUGAAAAUCUCAUUCACGGAGGAAAUGGUGAGCAACACUGGACUAAACCUGAAGGCUCAGAAAACUUCAAUUCUGCUUAUGUGUGGAUGCUAGAUGCAGAUGAUUUAGCUGACAUUGAAGAUGCUGCAGAGUGGAAACACAGAAAUGUUGAAGGAUUUUGUCUUAUGGAACCAACAUCCCAUGUUAAUUGUUCUGCAUUGUGCUACAGUAGAGACAUUUAUGGGUUAAGGACUAGAGGGUGGCAGCAGCACUGUCCUUCUACUGACUUGAUUUACUGCGGUCACUCGUUUUGUUGUGCUGGGACAGCACUAAGAACUAUUCAAGCACUUCCAGAGUCCUCUGCACUGUGUAAGAAACCAAUAAGGACUAAACAGUCAGAGAAAAAAGACUCUGCAUACUCUGGGAGUGAAAAAACAGAUGAAGAGACUGCACGAGUUCUUCAGUUUCUCAGUCUGUCAGGCUGUUACCAGAUAACAGACCGUGCUCUCAGGGCAUUGACUCUGGGAGGAGGACUGCCGCAUUUGGAGCACCUGAACCUCUCGGGGUGUCUCACUGUAACUGGUGCAGGCCUGCAGGAGUUAGUUUCUGCAUGCCCCUCUCUAAAAGAUGAACACUUUUACUACUGUGACAACAUUAACGGGAAGGAGGUGUAUUCUGUGAUCAGAGGUUGGAAAACCUGUUGGUCUUGCAGAAAAGAAAUGGAGCCAAGAGCAUGGAAUUUUGCCAUCUAUGAAUAAUAAAGAUACAACUCUGUCAUCUGCUGAUGAAUAAGUGCUUUAUUUUUGCCUGCAGCUUAUUUUCCGAUUAUUUUUUUCCCUAUAAACACUAAGGCUGAUGGGGCCCCUUAGACACAACUCAACUUCAUUGUGGAAUUUCUUUGUGGAGGGCUUAAUGCACACAUUUGGGCAUAUUGGUUGCAAUUUUUGUAUUUUCAUCAGAUGCUGCUCUACAUUUUUAGUAGAGCAAGACUAGAAAGGUAGAGCAGCUAUGGUGAGGUAGUUUGGUUUGAGUCUGACUGCUGUUGCACACCAGUAAAAUGGUACAGGUUUAAUGGCCAGAAACCAUGGGUUUGCACACAUUUUCAGAUCUAUUUUGUUUGUUUACUGUUAAUUUCACUUCUGUUUUUGGUUUGCAUGCUAAUGUUUAGAAUCUCUUAUAUUUUUCACAAUGCUGAAGACUUCGAGUUAGAUAACCCUCAGCUGCAGCUGAAAAAAAAUCUGUCAAUGUACGUCCCUUCUAAUGGCUUAUUUUAUUUGUCUAAAACAAAUUUAGUUGUGGAUUACACUGAACUCAUCAAGACGAGUUUAAUGUUUGAGUUACAUCUUGCCAUUUAGUUCUUAUUUUCCUAAGGCUGUUUUGUCCAGCUCCAAACAUUCUUCUGACUUGCUUCUCCAUUUCAACACCUGGAGUGCUUUCAGCUUUGGCAUUAGAAAAAAUGGGGCUCCCUAAUUUCUGCAGCAGUACCUCUUUGCAGCAUUUAAGUAUGAUUCAGUUUCUAGAGUUUUUUAAAAUUAUGUGGUACCUAGGUUCUGUAAUUAAAGAGAUAGGGCAUUAAUGAAAUAAAGUUUGAUUCUAAUGAUUUACUCUUCCGACAUUCAAAAUGUCACUGGUCAUAGUUGAUCUGUCAUUAAGCAGUCAAGACUUUGCAAGUUCUUUAAAGGUGUAUGGACUGCUCUGCAGAGUUAUGUGGGAACACGGUGUUCUAAGAGUUAGAUCUCAGUCUAAAUUCUACAGAUUCUAGAUUACCAAGUUACUCACAAAUAUCUGAAAGGAUAUUAUAUGGUGGUGGCAGCUAGUUGCCCUGGCAGGAGUGGUUCUUUUUACCACGGUCUUGAUCCAUAUUGUAAUGUAUUCUUGGUGCAAUGCCACACUUGAUUUUAGGGAAUUCUGACUAAUUUUUUUCUGCUAGUAAAUGUAACAAAAUGGAGUAACCAAAUAGCUCUGCUCCUAUCUUACAUUACCAAACGUGUUUAUAUGUUCACCACAAGUAAACAGACCUCACCUCUAUUCUGAGUCCCCUAAGCAUGUGAGUAAUUGGAUGUGCAUGUAAAGAGCAUUAUAGUAAUCCAGUUUAGAAGUAACUAAACCAGUAACGUAGACUGUGGAAGGUUAGAUGAGAAUCUGAUUAAUUUUGCUUUCCCAGGUGAACCCAAAACACAUUUAAUUUAGCACUUCACUGCUAGCACUUAUAAAGCCUUCACAGUCAGAAGGACCCUUUUGAAAUACACUUCUCCUUAUGAUCCACUGCAUGUACUGUUCCUUCCAUCACAUGUUGUUUUAAAAGACUACAUUUUGGGCUCCUUGUUAAAUCCAGCAGCGGUGGUAUCUGGCUCAUCCCUUUCAAGAUGUUUAUUACAUGAGCUAGAACUUGACACUGCAAACAGCCAGUGGUUGCUUGCUAUAACUGCCCAUCAGAACUGUCAAAGUUCAUUCAGAAUCAUCAGCUGGUCCUCCAAGCGUGCAGUAUGUGAACUUGCUGUAUGUAGGUGCAGUGUCCUCCGAGAUACACUGUGCAUUGCUAACUGGGCUGUGCUGAAAGCAAGAAUGGGCAAAUGAAGAUGGGAGAUAGUGGAACAGGUUGCCCAGAAAGGUGGUGCAAGACUCGUGCCUGGACAUAUUUGGGGUUAGGCUGAAAGGGGUUUCUGAGCAACCUGACCUAGUUGAAGAUGUGCCUGAUUAUUGCAAGGGGUUUAGAACUAGAUGGCUUUUCAAGGUCCCUUCCAACCCAAAGUAUUCUGUGGAAGUAAUUAAUCUCCACUGUUAGGCUGAAAUUACCAUCCCACUGGACAACAUAAAAGGAAUAUAUGCAGUUACCAUAUUGCUUAACCUCAUCAGUGAGGUGAGAGAAGUUGGAGACCUCAUACACAGAGUCCAGAGGAAACAGAAGACUGCUCUUUUGGCAAGAUUAAAGAGGCCAUUUGAAUUAAACAGAGAGAACUCUAAAGCAAAGUCCAGUCCAAAUGAGGUCAGUAGCAAAGACUGGGAAGGUCAGAGGUUAUGAAGCCAAAGAGAUGUAGCCAAAGGUCAGUGGUAGUAAAUAAAGCCAGGGAAACAAACCCAGUGUCUGUGGCUGUCAAGAGUAAAGGCAUUUUAAUUAUGUUGUCUGUAUCAAAUGUAAAAAAGAUCAAACGAAGGAGCAAUAGGGAUUUUAUAGAGGAGCUAAAUUACUUGUGAGGGAGGAGAUCAACUGACAUGUCAAACUAUAAAUAACUCAAAUCCAGAUAGCCUUCCUGUUAAAACAACCAUUAAUGAUACUUACUACCUUGCUAUAGUAAGAGCAUGAAAUAUCCUCCAAGUGGUGGGAAUUGCACUUACAUGCUAAGAAAGCGUACAGGGAGGGCAGAUUUCAGAAGAUGAGGUUGAACCCUGAAUGUUUCAUUUUAUCAAAAUUCUUUAUUAUAGGCCAUAAAGGAAAGUUAGUGAUGGUAUGAGGAGUAGACAUGGAGCAAGAAAUGCAGUGUGGGAAUAAGGGUGAAAUUUCACUCUGAUAUGCUUAAUGUCAUUUUAAGUCAGUGCCUAAUAAAUUGGGAAAUGAACAUAAAAACUUUUCAGAUGGUCCAAUUUACUUAAAAGUAUCCAAGAUUUUCAGAUCUUAAGUUGCCGUAAGCGUAGUUUAUAUUUGAAAGCUGAAAGCUAACUAAAGGAUAGGAGGAAAGGGAAGGGCUUAAUGGUCAUUGCUCAGGAGAGGAACCUGAGAGGUGAAAACUUUCUCCCUGUUCCCCUCCCAGGAGUUCUGUGCUGAGAUCAGUCUUAAUCAGCAUUCCCUUAUGUUGUGGUUUAAAAAAUGCACACAGUAAUUUCCACAUUUUUGAGUGGUGCUAUGUGGUCUUCAGGUAAUGAUACUGAUGCUGAUGAUUUACAGAAGGACAUCUAAGAAGCUUCACUAUAGCUGUGUAUGUGUUGUUGAAUGUCUGGGUGGCUGGGAAUAAAAUCUGUGAUUGCAUGAAACUGAAUUCAAAGCUGGCAGUUGCAGUGUGGAGAUAAUGAUUUCAGAGAGCUGUUGGUGCUAAUUCUGAGAUCUUUCCUAUUUGCAGCAGCAGCCAAAAAAGCCACCAAUGUUACCAUCGUCAGGGUGGUGAGAACAAGAUAGAGGGUGCUGUGCUUGGUCCUGGAAGCCUUGGGGCACUCACAUGUGGAGCGGGUUUGGUUUCCCCAUCCUGAGGAGAGUAUACACUGGAGUUACAGAAGAUACAGAAGAGGCCUUCUAAAAAGUUAGGGAGCUGAACAAUCAAAAGGCUGGAUGUUUCAAUCUGGGAAUGAGAUGACUGAAAAUAGGGCAUGACUGUUUACAGAACUGGGAAAGCAGUAAAUGAGGUGAAUGUGAAGUGGUGGUUCUCCAGAUUUUGCAGUGUUAGAGCUCAGGGGCACUGGGUAAAGCUGGUAGUCAAUUGAAAGCAGAUGCAGAGUGUAGUGAACUUCUGGAACUUGGUCCUGGGGAGUUGUGGAAGGAGGUUUAAAAAGAGGUUAAAAACCCACAUGCACAACUGAGCCAUAAGCAAAUGCUGAAGGAAAUGGACUUCAGUUCCUGAUGCUGCAAUUAGGGUUGCUGGAAAAACACAGAAACUGUGUGUGAUAGGCUUAUAUCCUGUCCCUGGACAACACUUGCUGUUGCCAGUGGUGAUGGUAGUGUUAGAUGGAGCGUUGGUCAGAACUAGAAGUUUGUAUGUUCCAGUUGGGAGCAUGAGGAGCAAGAAAAGGAUGAAAACUGUUGAAUUAUACUGAGAAUUCCCUUCCUUGGUUCUGUAUGUUUUAUCAGUAAGCAUUUUGCUAGAAAUGCGGCAGUUGAUUCAGAAUCACUGCUGUGCUGCAUAGCUGUGGCAGUGAUGGGGAAGGUCAGCUACAAUUUGGAAAGUGCUGCUGCACAGAACAUGCUCUACUAAACCAGAUGUUCACAAGCACUGAGCCUCCUUUCUAAAGGACUUAAAAAGAAGAUUUCAAACUCUAGCUUGUAAGUGAUGUGGAGGAUCAAAAUUUAGUUCAGGUGAAUAAAAAUAUUUGAAAAGGAAAAUGAGUUUAUUGACCAGUAAAAAGUUCACUAUACCGUAGUCUUUCAUUACAGUUUCAGGUUUUUUUAAAUCAGUCUCAUACAUCUUAACUUAUUUACAGUAUAGUUUUGCUUAGUGGUGUGUGGCAUGAAGUAGGAGGCUGGUUUUUAAGACCCCAGAUUCUUGGAAAUUAUUUGAAUUAUGAUUUUACUGGUGAAGGAGGUAAAAAGAGCCAGAUACAGCAUGGUUCAUUAAUGGAUUUUGUCAGAAUUUCUAAAUACAUUAAAAACACCUGAAAUAUUUCUUUAUUUGUUUCUCAUAUAAUUGGGGAAAAUUUGUGUUGUCCUGGUUAGGUUUUCACCAGCUUGUUUGAGUUGGCUCAGCAUCCCACUUCCAGUUUUUGUUGUGUGCCAGAGUUCAGCCAGUCUGAGAGUACAUAAGUCUCAAAAGUAGGCAUAUGGCUGCAGGAAAUAAAAUCCUGUUUGAGUAAAUGCAAUAAUUUCUUAUCUCAUGGUCACUUUAACAUUUUAAAUGCAAGAGGUAAGUGAAGGUGGGUAGAGUUACAGUGUUGGUUUGUACUGUCUGUACUUGCAACUCCUUCUUUCUUUCUGAAUGGCUCAUUUUCAGCCUUAUGGCUUCUGAUGACUGCCGCGAUGCUAAGGUGGUUCUCUCUUUAGUUUUUGAAUUUCCAGUCAGGAGUAUGUGAGAGUCUGACCAACUGUGAAGUGUUCGUGGAGGAAACAAAAACAUUCCAGUCUAAAAAAACGUUUCCAUUACACGGACGUGGUUUUGGAGGUUAUGGUUUCUUUGAUAAUGCCAUGGUGCCAUCAUCUGAAUUUGAAAAGUGGGAAUUAAAAAUACCUUGUAAAAAACACUCAGUUCUGAAGCUGUGACAGCUUGUGUAAAGUUGCUCAUUUAGUGGUGUUCAUGGUAUUUCUGUGUAAUUUUGGAUGUGUUAUCUUCAUGGGACUGAGCUACAGAGCAAAACUCUUGAAAAGUACCUGUUCUAGGUGAUAAUACUGGCAGUGUUUUGGAUUUCUCAGUGCUGCAUGAAGGGUAGUGCAUUGUAAAAAUGAGACGUUUUCUGACUCACCAGUUUAUGAGAAUUAUGAAUCUAAGUAAGUGGCCUUUCCUUCUUUUCACGUUUCUGUUGUUUUUGUGCAGGUCCUCAUGCUGAAACCGCCAGUGGAUGCCAGAAUUUGCAGUGUGGUUUUCGGGCCUGCUGCCGCUCUGGCGAAUGACCGCUGACUUCUGAUCUUUCGGUCUACUUCAUUUAGCUGAGCAGGCUUCCUCUCAUGCACUUUACUUACAGUUCGCAUCUUGUGUUAACAGUCCUUGGAGUGAGACUUGUUCUACUAGCCUGACCCUGCCCACAACUUCAGAAUCUUAAUUAUGAGUGUACUGUACAGUGUUGUAACAAUCUCACAACCUCAUUUGGCUUGAAGGGUGUUGGGUUUUAUUUUACGUAAUUUGGGGAAGAUGGGUAAAUCUUCAGAUUUUCCUCUUUUUUUUGCCACUUUAUUCCAUUUUUGGCACUUAAAUAUACUUUACUGAAUUAUUUUGUCUUAGGCAAUUUCUUUUUUUAAAUUUUGAAUCUGGAAGUACAGUAUAAACCUCUGCAGAGAAUUUGAAUUUUAUUGUUUGCAUUUGGGUAACAGUUAUACAUCUGUAGGACCUUGGUUUCUUCCCCUUUCCUGUCAUCCUGAAGUUGUUCUUUGUAUUGCAGAAUUAGGGAAAUUGCCACCUUCCUUUUGCAUUUGGUUUUGUAUUUGGGCUUGAAAGACAUACUCAAAUAAAACAUUCCCACCAAUAAAAAAAUGUGCGCACCA